AUGCAAACCCUAGACAAGAUUCCGAGUGAACUUUUAUUCAGUAUCAAUGCACUGGCAGCGGACUGGGUUGGUCUCGAAAGCCUUAUGCAAGUCUCCCCUCCGAUAGGGGGGCUUUACGCAGGCGACGCCAACACUGCGGCGGACCCUGAAGCCAUCCGCCUAAUUGAGUCAAUCCUCGGGGAGAACCCUAUCAUGCGUCACGAAUUGCACUGUCUAUUUCGCAUGGCCCUAAAGCUACGCCAGCCUUGCUUGGUAGAUACUAGUCUCGCCGAGUUUAUCGCUCGAGACCAUUCUUCGUCGUUCAUGGAAACCCCUUCUUCAAUAUCCUCAGCCGUGCUAAAAGAGAUGGUGAUUGUCGCGGCCAACAUCCAGCGGUUGGCGUGCGCCUGUUUGACCACCCUUUUGACCUGUGUCCGCAAGGUUAAGCCGCGGCGUUGGAAGGGCAUUCGAGAGCCUAGUUUAUUGAAAAAUCAGGAACCCACCGAGCCAUAUCAGCCGCGUGAUGCUGGCCCUCCUUCGUGGAUUGAGGAGUAUCGGGUUUACCGUGCGCUCUGGCGCCUACAAUUGUAUUCUGAUUUAUCGAUCGCUGGGGCCCGGCUAAACUGGCCUCACAGUGAUCUCGAGAAUUGGCGGAUCGAAAGCACGGACUGGAAUAGCGUACCCCCAGUGAUGAGAGAGGAACUACGCACUAUAUCAGAAUGCCUGGAGACCCUAUGCGAGGUUGAUCCUAUCCUUCGCACUACAAAGUCUCAGGUCACUUCGACCAACGACGGGAUACACCUUAUUUCUCAGCUACCGAAUGCAUCUCGACUACGAUGUAAGUUUGAUACCUGGGCCCCUCCGUCUCCGCCUACGAUCCCCGACUACGAGGAGGGUAUCCCUAUGGAUUUUUGGGGCCAGGGUCUUGUAUCGAUUCGCUGGAAUCGCAUGGCCGGCUGCUUUAGAGCGUGUCAGGUCAGGACAAAAACCUAUCCCGCCCGGCAUCAAGUCUGCCGUAUCCAGGAUGCCCGUCCGUGGCGGGGACUAGGCAUGCCAAUUUGGGACCUCUGGCGAUUAUACUGCCUAGGACUCUGGUCGGCAAAUUACCCCUUCGCAGGGCGGCAUCCUGGACCUAUCCCGACUCCUGAUGGAUCAGAGGUUCCGAAAGGGUGUUCUCCGUUUGCCUCGGGCUCUGAGAUAGAUUAUCGGGUUUCUGUUUUUAUGCAGGCAUGGAUGCAGAUAGAGAAUCAGGAAUGUGAGCAGAGAGUAGCAGAGGAACGGUCGGUUAGAGAAUGA